AUGUUGCUUGGCAAUGACAUUGGCGAGAGCACGGAAGGGACAAAGGUUGAGUUUACUGUCGGGGAUAUUAAUUUGGAUCAACCCACUGCUGUGCUAUCUCAGUUAAACGUUUGGUUGAAUGAUGAAGGUAAAGUUGUGGAACAAGGGGUCCAAUUACAGAAGAGGAAGAGGAUUAUUCCUAUGUGGAAGAUCAUUGAAGCUAGUGAAUUGGUGAAAAAAACUUUAGUGAUGCAAUUUAGCAACGUGGAAGCUGAGAUUGAAUUCUUUGGUUCCCUCGUCAAAGCUGAUGGUUGGCUGAAAGGAGAUCACAUUGAUUUGGGGUUGUAUCUCAUCCGGAAGCGACCACAAGAGUUGGAGGUUGUAGAAAUAUCGGACUGGACAACGACCGAUGUAUUUUUUAUGGUUCCGGCAUGUGGGAUGGAUUGGCAGAACGCGUAUAAGGUGCAUGCCCCUUGUAUGUUGACGAAGUAUAAGCAUUGGAUGGCUAUAAUGAUUGAUCUGGUUAAGUGUGAAAUCAAAGUGUACGAUUCAAUGGUUUCACUUAUUCCAGAUGAGAUCUUAAAGGAAGAACUCGCCCCGCUUUCAAUUACGAUUCCAAAUCUUCUCAACACCAUCGACUUUUAUGAAGAAGGUGUUUACGCAAACGAUUGUAGCCGAGAUUGGUGGUGUCCAUGGCCAAUAGAACGUGUGGAUGUUCCACAACAGUCUAAUCAAGGCGAUUGUGGCAUGUUCGUGUUGAAGUACAUUGAGCUUUUGAGCGCUGAUAUUCGAUUAGCUACUUGCACCUUGCAGAACAUGCCCUUUUUUCGGUUGAAGUUGGCUGCAGAGAUAUUACGGGGAGAUGCUUACAUGCCAUGA